UACUCAUGCUUUUAUUAUGCCACAGCCUCAUUUAAUAUGUCAGAAUGGCAUUUUCAUUAUGGUCCUGGGUCGCGAGCCACUAAAAAAUCAAACCACUCACUCCCACAUGACAGAGAGUGAUAUUUCCAUCCAGACAGACUGGGACUCUGGUUGGUAAACAUGAGCUGCUCUUUACUGACGUUGUAUCACAUGGUUCCUGCGUAUUGAAAUUCAAAUCUUUCCUACACUCCAGCAUUCCACGGCCUUUUGCUGCCACCGGAGCUGGCGACGUGUGAGGUUGGUGAGAGGAAUUUGAAAUCACUUUGGAUUGCCGAGUGGCACUUUGACAGCUCAGUGUGAUCUGACAGGAGUAAACACAGGCUGAGGGACAGGGCUCAUAGUCAACGCUGUCAGACUGAAUCGAAUACAUAGACACAAGGGAAGUAGCUAAGAUAUUGUAGCAUGCUAUUUAAUUUAAGAUAUCUUAUUGUUCAUUUUUAAAACUAUAGCAUGCUAACACACUACACAAAGAUUAAAAUACACACAGAGGGCAGCAAGCAAGACUGUGGACCAUGGACAAUAUCUAAAGAUGGUCAAUGCAGACUCGAUUUCCUUCCACUAUCCAGAAAUGAAGCCAAAAUUUACCUGAUACGAUGGCCGCCAUUUUGCAUGUUCUGGGCCAGAGUCUGCGCAGUAGGGAUCAGGGAAAGGAGCUCAACAGUGAGGUCCUGCCGGAAUAUGGCUUUGGCUUAAUAUAAUGUAGUGUAGCUAUGUAAUCAAGUAAUAUCCCUGCAAUAAACAUUACAUAAAAAGUUGAUCUUAUUGUGGAGAUAAAUUCCAUUUUUUGUUGUAUUGCACAGUUAAACUGAAAUGUCUUUCUUCUUCUGUAUAUUUACAUUGGCACAGAACUACCCUGUUUACAUGCAGGAUCUGCAGGUACAAUAUAUUAAGAAACAAUUUAUAAUAUACAGUCUAGUGCCGCAGCUCAAAAUGAGCCUAAUAACUUCCCAUAGAGACGAUUCAACACUAACUAAUGCAUUUUACAUUGGCACAGAACUAAUUGAAGUUUCUACGUCUCUCGUUAUUCGGUUUUUCCCUAACCAUGUGCCAAUCAAAGUCUACACUUUGAAUAAUGUUUAAUUAGUUACUUGAUAUUUUAAAGAGCAUCUAAAUACAGUGUCAGGCAGUUUCCGAGCACUGAUUUGAAACCUUGAGGUGCUAAGCAUCGCCAACUUAACUGGCAAUAACAUUGUGUCCUGUUUUCCUUUGCCGUUUUAAUGGCUCCAGUAUGUUCUUUUGGUUUUACAUUUAAAGUCGAGAACUUCUUGCUCUGAUCAGAUUACUUCUGUAAGAUGCAUUAGUUUGAGUAGCAAGAGGGUGACGUUCUUAAAUAAACCAGUUCUGUUAAAUGAAACAAAAUAGCCCCAACGGACACAUGAUGCACAUGUUUGACAGCAGCGUAAAGCCUAAAAGAAUAUGUAUAUUUUGAGAUGUUGCUAUGCCGUUUGCUAUUUGUGUGAAUGAGUGUUGCUUAAGUUCCACCACAGUGUUUAUCCGGCUGGUGUGUGACCUUGGUUGGGUGCUGCCUCUGGAGAGCUUGGAACAGACAACUCCUCCAUAACAACUGCACUGCUGGCUUCAGACGUGGAUUCCUCUGGCACCAGACCAGGGAUCUUACUGCCAUCUGGUGGAGAAAAAGAAUAGCAGAAAUAACAACAUUUCACUGAAAGUCACCUAAACAAUAUCAUCACAAAAACAUAACAAGGGAUAUUAUGUGCCAAAAAAAUCCUAACAAAUAUUUAUUGUAGGUAGUUAUUACUACUUUAAGGGAUAGUUGACAGAUAAUUGAAAAUUCCCUCAUUAUCCACUCACUGCUGGAGAGGUGGGUGAAGUGUUUGAGUCCGCAACACACUUCUGGAGUUUCAAGGGUUGCAGGGGAGGGGCUUUUUGCGUUUUACGUUUCAUCAACCCCUCCACCGGUCAAAGUGGUGAGUAGAUAAUGAGCGAUUUUCAUUUUUGUUGAAGUAUUCCUUUAUUAUUGAAAUGAAAACGUUGUCGUUCUUUUAUUUUGAAAGCCUACAGGAAGCGUCACUGUCAUUCACCUGUUGCCAGGGGCAACACAAGCACCGGGCGACGCGGACAGGAACAGUUUCUGGCAGGUUUUUACUCUACAUACGUUUUUUAUUCUGUAUCUGUCUGUGUUCAUAUUCAGGGAGAAGAAAUGCCAGAGAGACUUAUUCCCCUUGAUAUUUAUACAUAUUUUAUGAAAGUUUAUCAGCGUGUUACUUUUCUGAGCACCAAGAAUAACCGAUCUGAUUUUCUCCACUUGUCUGGAGACACAUGCUCGUUUAUAUGACUGUCAGUCCCACUGUAGCUGAUACUGGGAAUAGUCUUUGAGUUCUCACCCAUCCAUAGACACCACGAUCAGGCAUGUGGAUCUGAUAGCUGUGGAGCUUUUCUUGGUUCGUUUUGAGUCCAACCCCCUGAGAGCAGACAAACAAUCCAAUAAACUUUCAUAAACCAGUAAAUAUCUCAUUGAAUAAAUCACACGGAGCUUUAGUUUCUCUCAGACAGUGUGGUGGUGGCAGUGGCAGCAAAGGCGGCUGCCUCUAAAUUGCGUGUCAUCCGUAGACUGGAGGCAUCACAGGCAGCUUCCUUUAAACAGUGUAGCAACAAAGACAGCGGCCUCUACAUAUCAUCGGCGGGUUUUGUUGACACCGGAAGUGCCUCUCCGAUCCACCGCGGCCACGAUUUGAACUUGUCUUUACUGAAAUGCCACCGAAACCCAGUAAGAAGGGCUCGGCCAAGAAACCCAACGGAGAGGCGCCUGACAACCCGAACUGGGAGGCGGGUCUCACCGAAGCCCAGUUUGAAGAGGACUCAUGGCGGGCCUGUGUCUCCUUCGUGGUUGGGGGAAGUCUUGAGGUGGACGAGCUGAUCCAGGCUCUGGCCGUACAGCCAUCUCAACGCAAACUAUUCACCUUGCUCACCUUGGACAGCACCAUCGCAAUGAUCCAGGUUUUGGGGAAUCCAAAAUCAAAAAAAAGUAAUGAUACCCCCGUGUUCUAUGAGGUUACAGAGUCGGCCAAGCAGCUGUUAGAUGCAGGAGAAGAGAUUCCCUGUGACCUGAUGGCAAAAAUACUGAAGUUCCAGCUGCUUCAGGUCAAAGCCAAAGAUCAGGAGAGGAGGGCGGCUGAGCAGGAACUGGAAGAGAUGGCAAAGGCCGGUUCAACCCCUGUCAAAAAGGGCGCUGACAAAAAGGGAAAGGGUCCGCCUCCCGUUGAGAAGAAAACCAAUCUCAAACGCAGGGGUGACGUUGAGCCAAUUGCAUUCAUGGAUGAUGAGCCAGACGAUGGUCCUCAGCACUACAUCCUGCUGCUGGGUUUCCACCAGCCCCACCUGAUCUUGAUCCUUGAUGCCAUUGGUGUACAUGUAGCCAAUGUCAUCAAAGUGUGUUCACAGAAGGAACAACAAACGUCUCAGGGCAACAAGCAGCGUCAAUGUGCAUCUCCAGUGUUGGAUGCAGACUCAGGCAGGAUGGAGCAGGCUGCACGGGCCAGGAGACUGGAUCUUUUCUGGGCAGGCCUGAGACCAGUUUUGGACAGUGUACCACCCAACUCCAAGCUCCACAGUUUGGCUCAGCUCAGCUCCACUUUGUCAGAUCUCUUGACGUCGAUCCAGCCACAGAACACUGAGUCUAUGCUGAAGUUGGGAAGUCAAGUCUUUGACAGUGUCGCCUAUCUCCUCUAUGACUGCUUGGACUGGCGCAGGCAGCAUCAGAACUACCUAGACAGCAGCAUUUUCAUCAAUCUACCCACUGUUGUCGGGUCGGAUUUUCAACGUAAAGAGGGUGCGCGGCCCACGACUCCACAGUCCAAGAAGAAGACAGGUCAAGAAGCGGACAUGAAUUAUUAUAGCGACCUACUGAACCUGGUUCCACCUGAAGCUUGCUCAGUGCCCCUGAUCAUGCACUGUAUGCUGGAGCAGGUGGUGAUGUCCUCCGAGCAGUCUGACCUAGCACAGUCCCGCAUGGCGAAGAAGCCCAAACCCGCUGAUGCUUCCUGGUUGGACUACGAGCUGGUCCACUCCAUGCUCCAGAGCUGCCUUCCUCUGAUUCGCACAGAAGAGGAGCAAGGCCUCGUGUUAGAAGGCUUAGUGACGGUGGUGCAGAGUGAGGGAGACAAGAAGAGACUAGAGAAGAUGUUUGGAGCAGAGGAGGCCGAGAAGAAGUCGGAUGAUCCUUUGGUUAUCAGACACCAUGAUGAGAGGGCACUGCGCUUGAGGGAUAUCAGGGCUUCGAAGAGUUUUGAUCCAGCUGCGGUGGAGUUGUCCAUGAUAAAGUCGGGUCCAGUUUGGGAGCUGAUCCAUUCUGAGGCUGAUCCGAGAAAGAGCAGCUCCUGCUGGAUGGCCAUCAAACAGCAGCUGCAACACUACUGCACAGAUGAUGUUGUGUCAUGGCCCCAGGUGGAGCGUCUGCUUCAUCAGAGUGUGUUUGAAACUAUGCCACUGACCGGACUGGACCAAAAUAGUGUAAUACAGAAAGCUGCAGGAACACUGGGAGCACUGGAACCAGCACAGCAGCAGGAGCCACCCACAAUAAUCCCCUGGGACAACCCCCAAUCAUACUCUAAACAGCUGCUUUGUAAACCAAAGACUAAAGGUCCUACAUUUCUCACUGCGGAGCCUGGUAACACAGAGCAGCUCAUUGAGAGAGUGUGUCAGCCUCUGGAGCUAUCUGACAUCCAGAGCUGUAGGCUGAGGUCUCUGUUUGACUGGCAUUACACAGAACACCACGACCCUUCCAUCUUCCCACAGGUACUCCAGGUUGCAUCAGAGGAACACUGCUGCCUUGACACUUUCAGAGGAAGCCACAAUAACAUCCGAUACAUUUUUUGCCACAAUCCCCAAAGUCUCCAUUACCAGUGCAAGGAAUACUGGGAUGCAGUGCUUCACACUGAUGUCAAGUUCAGGACGUAUCUGGAGCAUGUUGCUGAUAUCAUAUCGGAUUGGACAAGAGAGGAGGAAUUAAAGAUAGAAGCAAUUCAACGCAGCCUUGAUGAGUCUACAGAAGAUGAAACGGCUAAAGAUUCUGCAGAGAAGGAGGAGGACACUUUGGGGACUGUCAUCAGAAAAGAGUCUCUUAAAGCCUUGAAGGCGGAGCAGGACCGGCUGAUGGAGGAGGAGAUGGCCAAGAAAUUAAAGAAGGAGAGUACACCGAAAGGCAAGAAGGGGAAGGAGGAGGCCAAGCCGACGGACAACAAGAAUGAUGUGCCAGUUCCGACCCCCGUAGAGUCCUCCACAGUGCCCCCUGGGGAGGAAAACGAGGAGCUGCAGCAGACGGAGGAACCCUUCCAUGGUUUCACAGGUUACAGCAUGGAUGGGAUGUUGAUCCAUGUGUCAGGUCGUCUCCAGCACCUUUUCCCCUCAGAUGGAGGACACAUCACUGUGGAGGAUAUCAUCUAUGUUGAAGGUUCCUGCCUAAUUAAAUUGGCUGUGAAGAAGGAUGGACAUCAUUUCUACACAUACAUCAACCAGGUUGUUAUUCCUCCUGCAAGACCUUCCUCUCAGCCCCCCAAAAAAGAAACCUCUGACAAAAAGUACGACUGUAAAGAGCCUGGGGAGGAGAAGAGAGUGAAGCAGGGCUCCCUCACAGCGGUGCUAAACAACGGAGUUCACCUCUCAUACAGCUUCUAUGGCCCCACAGGAGAAUUCAGAGCGAAUACCCAGGAAACAGACGGGGGCAUCACAGACACAACCACCCAAGUCCCUGCCCCUCCCACUUCCUCCUCUCAGGACCCCAAGAGUACAGACCUGGAUUCAGAUGCUGUCAAUAAACAAAUCCCAUCCAGCCAGAACAGUCCUCAGGUUUCACAAAACUUAUGUGAAGACCAGCCGGCACCAUUCAACGGUGUCAACCUGUCUGUCCCUACCGGCCUCAUGCUGCAGUUUCUGAGAGAGGAUAUUCCAGGAGAGUCCUCAGAGGUGCAGGUUAGACAGAGCUUUCCUCUCCAUGGUAGGGAGGAGGUGUGGCAGCCUCUGGACCCCUCCCUCGCCAAGGAACUGUCCCGCAUUGUCACCAGCCAGGGAGCUGUGAUCCGUUACAUGAGAGAUGGGUCCACGGAGGUGCUGUUUGCAGAUGGGUCAGUCAGUUUCAGCCAGGAUGGUGGUCCAGUGUGGGUGCCUGACUCUGAGGUCAAGGAGGAAACCACUCCUAAAGUCAACAUGAAAGAACAGAGCAAAGAGAAGGCGGCUGAUGCUCAGAGAGGCUGUUGGUUAACUACGACUCCCUCUGGGGCUCGCAUCUGCACAGUGGGGACAACACACAAACACCUACCCACCAUCCCUGUUCUCGCCUUCAAGGCUACGGACUCCCUAACUCAUGAGGUGAUGCUGAGCAGGGAGGAUCUGGUGGUUUCUGUCCACAACUCAGAUGGAUCUACAGUUGUGGAUCAUGCAGAUGGAACCCGGAUCACCAGUCUCCACCAAGAGAGACCAUCAAACACAGAGGAGCAACAUAAGAGUGUGACUCUUAACGCCACUUCUGAAUGUGUGUGCGGCUGCACCGAGUGUGUGUGUGUCGCAUGCUGCGCAGACAACAUCAAUGAGAACAUCAGUCAGGAUGCCCGCAACACUGGAGACGAGAAAAGCAGGGACAACGCAGGGAAAGCAUGUGGCAAGGAGGACGAUAGAACAGAGAUGAUGGCCUGUGAGGAUGUUUGCGAUGAAAGGGAGUGUGACGAAAAUGCAUUGUGUAAGAAUUGUGUGGAGAGUGUGUUUGCAAAAGAGAAUGGGGAGACAAGUGCACGUGAAAAAGGUAGCGUGUCGACCAAAGAGAGAGUGAUGUUGGUGGAGAAGGAGGGCUACGCUACAGUGGUGAUGUAUCCAGAGAGACACACGGCUCACGUCUUUUUGGCUGAUGGAACUGUCAUCACUGGGAACAUCCAAGGAGCCUAUCAGGUGUUCCCACCCACCGGCCUCCUGCAGAUCCAAAGUGACGGCAAGUGUGUCUACUCCUCUGACCCACUUGUAAACCCCAGUCCGAUGGGUGAUACUCCCACAAACCAACCGGGAAGCUACACCAUGAGUCACACAGACAAGGUGGCCUGUGAUAUUACAGACGCUGAUGGGAACCACUUCCAGGUGACGGAGGAUGGGCAGGUGUCAGUGCUGAACGUCAAUCCCACUCUGAGCACGCUGAAACACGACGAGGAAGAGGAAGAGGAAGACCGGGAAGUGUCCAGGCUUCAUGACAAAUAUGGAAAACAUUGUCCUAGGCUGUUUCUGGUACAUGAGGACGGCUCAGGUACUGAACUGCUUCGCUCUCAAACUGUGGAGGAGCUGCUCUACCAGGCGGACUCCGACCCUGCCGUAGCAGUGUGGAAGGAACCACUGCCGGACACACAAGAUGAAUUUGGGAUUACUAUCCUCAAGCCCAGGCACCAGAGUGUGGGUUCCCAGUGGAUGCUAGGGAAACAGAACCCUGACAUAACCCCUCCCAACAUCAGAAACCGCAACUGGCGUGACUUCCCUAGAAAAGAGGAGAAAAGCCCAGGUCCUGCAUUUGGUACCAACAUGGGACGAGGUCUGACUCUGAGAGAUUGGCCCGCUAGUUCUACAGCACAGCACCAACAUGCCUGGAGCUUCCCUAAAGUCCUGGAGAUGAGGGAACUGUGCCAGCACCAACCAUGUAGCAGGCUGUUCAAAAAUACUAUAGAUGCACGACUGAAGAAAUAUAUCGAGAGCUUGAUGGAGAGGGAGCAGCGAUCAGAAGCCAUGAAGGUCAAAGACCCUCGCACUGAUAAGGAGAGUGUCCACGCCAGUGAUCUGCUCAAUCUGGUCCAGUCUUUCAGAGAGGAAGAGGAUACAAAUCCCACCUCUGUGAAGAGGACUCCAGCGGACAUUGGGAGUCUCUACAACCAAGGUAUUAGAGCUGAAGAUCAACAGCCGGAUAUUUCCAAAAGCACAAGCUCGGCAGAGAGUGACAGUUCUGUUAAUGAAAAAAAGUCAAAAUGGACUGGAAAACAUGCACAAUACAGACAGGAGGUGUGUGAGGAGAAGGCUUGUAGAGUGGCUUUGAGAAGGAAGAGCAUUGUUCCAUAUUUCCACCCAGAAAAUAUUCAACUGUACCAGCUGCAGAACCAAGCACCAAACAUGAAGAGGCUCUCCAUGGAUCUUCCACUAAUCCCUAAGUCACACUGUGCCCAGGCCUUUCUGAAGAAUGCUCCUCAGGAAAACACCCCACGACCUUUAAACCCAACACCUACUCAGUCUUCUAGUCGUGCAGCAGGAAGUGAUGGGCUGCCUCUGAGGAGACCCACUAACCCCACACCUCAGACUGCUGGUGAAAGCAGACAGAAGGGUUCACCUAGGCAUUUUAAGUCUGUCCAGGUGGAUGUGAUUGGAGAGCCAAGGAGGUCUAAAGUCCAACUACCGACCUCCAUCCUCGCCUCUAAACCCCGCAGCAUGCCAAAUCAACAGUUCCUCUCAUUGGACGAGCCAUUGAGGAGGAGGUGUCGAACGGUUUCUCUGAUCAAUCCAGAUGUUGUAGUGAGGGGCUUCGUGUUCCUCCCGCCCAGCGUGGACUUCGGCACAGUGCGGGAGGGCACCUCGUCAUUCAUCACUGUGGUGAUGAGGAACGUGGGAGUUGACACCUGCAGGUUUCACUUGAAACAGCCUCGCGCUUCCACAGGCCUCCGUGUCAUCUACAAUCCUGGGCCUGUGGCUGCCGGGUUGCAGGUUGAACUGCAGGUUCAGCUGUUUGCCAAGUGUACAUCCCAAGCAGGAGAUGUAGAGACAAAAAAAGACAUCUCCCAGGAUAUUAUCAUCCACACUGAGACAGACAUCUUCUUCCUGCCAGUCGCUGCCAUCAUCCUUCCUGUGAGGUCGUAUGACAUUUUGCUUAAGGACAGGACCAGUGCAUCCAAAAGGAAAAGCUCCAGGGUUCUCAGGCUCUCUUCCAGUCUGCCAGAUGGUCAGGGUGUCACACCCAGACGACCCGAUACCCUCCUGACCAGUUCUGCUGCAAAACCAGGAAAUCUGAAUCGCUCCACGAGUCGAUGAGGAAAACACAGCAACACCAUCUUUAUUCUGAUUUCUCAUUAUUCUCAUUAUUAUUCAUAAGCAGUAAUAAUUUGAAUAGAUUUUGUUGUUUUCCCCCCCAAAUAAAAUCCUUAUUAACACAUGAA